CUUUUUUCAGAUUGUUGCCGUGACAAAGAGUACAAGAAUAACCCUGUAUGAUGUGAACAGUUGCACAGCAAUUUGCCAUGUUGGGCUGCCUGUGCCUUUCCUGCUCUCAUGUCAGUCGCCUUGCAUCUGCGCUGAUGGGAAGGUCUUGAUAUUGAUUGGCGCUCAGAUGGAUGAAGAAAAUCAUGAUGACCUGGGCAUCGAGACAGCCGUGCCAUUUUCAUAUCCUCUGCAACACUUUCCAACACUUAAAAAAUACUGGAAAGAAGAGGUAACCGCUGACUCGUCACCGCACAAGCCAACCAACACCAUUGAUGCCAGACUGCAUUCCCUCAUACAAGACAGACUUCUCAGUCAAGAGAACAGACAACUGAGACUUCAGCAGCGGUGGUCUCAAUAUCAAACUGAAUUGAAGAAUAUUCAGAACAACAAGAUGAGAAAAAACCAUUCCACUUGGCUCACUGCUAAAUCUAGUGUGUCUACUGAAGUUUAAAACGGACAAGUCAAGGUCGAGAAAUCUGUCGCAGCUUGAAGCGUAUGGGAGAGUGUCAAGGGAUUUCACAGACCACAUUGAUACAGAUAAAGAAAAACUGAACUUAGUCCAUUGAUGAGAAUCGCACUUGGCAAUCACGUUUCUGACAAAUCUCGCUAUCUGGGACAUUUAUCGAGACAUCGCGUAAACGUAAUCACGAACUGCGACACGACUAUUGAAACCAAACCCACGUCUCAAUUUUUUCCAACGACCACUUAAGUAAAACGUUAAUCAGA